CUCACUCAACAGUAAGAUUGCGCCAGCAGACAUUUGCACUUCACAACUCUUAGCUGAACAUAUAAUCACAAAUAAUGACUAAAGAGACACACCUCAACCGUACCACGCCCGUGUACGAGGCUUCGGGCGAUCUGAGAACCUUCCAAACGAAGAUUGUCGCUGUAAUUCCCGUCGGGAGUCUACUGCAACAAGAACAGAGCCUCUUCAAGCACGCACUUCCAAGCGACGUGGUGAUUGCUACAGAAGGGACAAUAUUUCACGCCCAGGGAGGUGGUCAGCCUAGCGAUACUGGUACUAUGAUCUCGCGUGGUGAUGAUGGGAGCGUGGCCGCAGCCUUCCAAGUGCAAGCUGUCCGUCGCAAUGGGCAUGCCGUCAUCUUCCACCAAGGCCUUUUCGAUACCUCGGAUACUCAAACUGCAUCGUCACUGGUUGGUUCAACUGUAGACCAGACUAUCGAUUCGGAUAAAAGAGAUUACCAUUCUCGGAUUCACACUGGCGGCCAUCUUCUUGGUCUCGCUGUGCGUCAAUUGCGCAGCGAAAUUCCAGAGAUCAGCGAAAUCAAGGCACAGCAUUUUCCUGGCGCUGCUUUUGUUGAGUUCCGUGGCAAAAUCGACGGGAAGUUCAAAGAUAAAAUUCAGGAGGUGCUGAACAAGCUUAUUUCGCAAGAUCUCCCCGUGAGCAUUUCCUGGAUGGACCAACAGCAGCUUCGGCAGAAGGGCAUUCAUGUCCCUGACGGAUUCAGCAAAGAUUCAACAGAGGAGGGCACCAGAGUGGUUGAGAUUGGAAAUCUAGGUGGUUACCCAUGUGGUGGCACGCACGUACACAGUACGUCUGCACUUGUGAAAGUCGUGGUUCGGAAGAUUGCAGCCUCAAAAGGAAACACCAAGAUCUCUUAUGAAGUUGAUUAAAAUGCUAGUUCAUUCAGAGAUAGAUUGACGAUCGGGUCGAUUCAAACAAGAUAGAGUGAUGGAAUAUCAAGGGCCCACAGCGGUACCGUCAACCAAGUCCCACCAA